AUGGGAGCCGCCGAGAGGCUGCGCCUCUGCUUCACGGCCGUGCUGACCGUCAGCUGGCUCACCCUGGCCCGCCUCCCGGGGGCCGCACCCACAGUGGCCACCGGGUGCCCUGACCAGAGCCCUGAGCUGCAGCCCUGGACCCCUGGCCACGACCGGGACCACCAAGUGCGUAUCGGCCGGGGCAGGACACUGCUGCUCACGUCUUCCGCCACGGUCCACUCCAUCCACAUCACCGAGGGAGGCAAGCUCGUCAUCAAGGACCACGCCGAGCCGAUUGUCUUGCGGGCCCGGCACAUUCUGAUCGACGAGGGCGGAGAGCUGCACGCGGGGAGCGCCCUCUGCCCCUUCCAGGGCGGUUUCAGCAUCGUUUUGUACGGAAGGGCGGACGAAGGUGUUCAGCCGGACCCCUACUUUGGCCUGAAGUACAUCGGCGUCGGCCGAGGGGGCACCCUGGAGCUGCAUGGGCAGAAGAAGCUCUCCUGGACCUUCCUGAACAAGACCCUGCGCCCAGGCGGCAUGCAGGAAGGAGGCUAUUUCUUCGAGCGGAGCUGGGGCCACCGUGGAGUCAUCGUUCAUGUCAUCGACCCCAAAUCGGGCACAGUCGUCCACUCUGACCGGUUUGACACCUAUCGAUCCAAGAAAGAGAGCGAACGUCUGGUCCAGUAUUUGAACGCUGUGCCCGACGGAAGAAUCCUUUCUGUCGCGGUGAAUGAUGAAGGUUCUAGAAACCUGGAUGACACGGCCCGGAAGGUGAUGACCAAACUGGGCAGCAAACAUUUUCUACACCUUGGAUUUAGACACCCUUGGAGUUUCCUGACUGUGAAAGGGAAUCCCUCUUCUUCGGUUGAAGACCACAUCGAAUACCACGGACACCGAGGCUCCGCCGCCGCCCGGGUGUCCAAACUGUUCCAGACAGAGCACGGCGAGCAUUUCAACGUCUCUUCGUCCAGCGAGUGGGUUCAAGACGUGGAGUGGACGGAGUGGUUCGACCACGACAAGGUGCCCCAGGCUAAAGGCGGGGAGAAAAUUUCAGACCUCUGGGCGGCUCACCCCGGAAAGAUCUGCAAUCGUCCCAUUGACAUUCAGGCCACCACCGUGGAUGGAAUCAGCCUCAGCGCCGAGGUUGUCUACAAGAAAGGCCAGGAUUACAGGUUCGCGUGCUACGACCGCGGCCGAGCCUGCCAGAGCUACCGCGUGCGCUUCCUCUGCGGGAAGCCCGUGAGGCCCAAGCUCACGGUCACCAUCGACACCAACGUGAACAGCACCGUCCUGACUCUGGAGGACAAUGUGCAGUCGUGGAAGCCCGGAGACACCCUGGUCGUGGCCAGCACCGAUUUCUCCAUGUACCAGGCAGAAGAGUUCCAGGUGCUUCCCUGCAGAGCCUGUGCCUCCAACCAGGUCAAAGUGGCAGGGAAGCCGCUGUACCUGCACAUGGGGGAGGAGGUGGACGGCGUGGACAUGCGUGCCGAGGUCGGGCUCCUGAGCCGGAACAUCGUGGUGAUGGGCGAGAUGGAGGCCGGGUGCUACCCCUACAGCAAGCACCUCUGCAGCUUCUUUGACUUCGACACCUUUGGAGGCCACAUCAAGUUUGCACUGGGGUUCAGGGCGGCACACCUGGAGGGCGUGGAGCUGAAGCACAUGGGGCAGCAGCUGCUGGGUCAGUACCCGAUUCAUUUCCACCUGGCCGGCGACGUGGACGGAAGGGGAGGCUACGACCCACCCACCUACGUCCGGGACCUCUCCAUCCACCACACGUACUCGCGCUGCGUCACCGUCCACGGCUCCAACGGCCUGUUGAUCAAGGACGUUGUGGGCUAUGACUCUCUGGGCCACUGCUUCUUCACGGAAGACGGGCCGGAGGAGCGCAACACUUUCGACCACUGUCUGGGCCUCCUCGUCAAGUCCGGAACCCUCCUCCCCUCCGACCGCGACAGCAGGAUGUGCAAGAUGAUCACGGAGGACUCCUACCCGGGGUACAUCCCCAAGCCCAGGCAGGACUGCAACGCCGUGUCCACCUUCUGGAUGGCCAAUCCCAACAACAACCUCAUAAACUGCGCGGCGGCAGGAUCCGAGGAAACCGGAUUUUGGUUCAUUUUCCACCACGUGCCGACGGGCCCUUCUGCGGGGAUGUACUCUCCGGGCUACUCCGAGCACAUCCCGCUGGGCAAGUUCCACAACAACCGAGCACAUUCCAAUUACCGGGCUGGCAUGAUCAUAGACAACGGGGUCAAAACCACCGAGGCCUCUGCCAAGGACAAGCGGCCCUUCCUCUCUGUCAUCUCUGCCAGGUACAGCCCCCACCAGGACGCCGACCCGCUGAAGCCCCGGGAGCCGGCCAUCAUCAGGCACUUCACCGCCUACAAGAACCAGGACCACGGCGCCUGGCUGCGCGGCGGGGAUGUGUGGCUGGACAGCUGCCGGUUUGCUGACAAUGGCAUCGGCCUGACCCUGGCCAGUGGUGGAACCUUCCCGUACGACGACGGCUCCAAGCAGGAGAUAAAGAACAGCUUGUUUGUUGGCGAGAGCGGCAACGUGGGGACGGAAAUGAUGGACAACAGGAUCUGGGGCCCGGGCGGCCUGGACCACAGCGGAAGGACCCUCCCCAUAGGCCAGAAUUUUCCGAUCAGAGGAAUUCAGUUCUACGAUGGCCCGGUCAACAUCCAGAACUGCACUUUCCGGAAGUUCGCUGCCCUGGAGGGCCGGCACACCAGCGCCCUGGCCUUCCGCCUCAACAACGCCUGGCAGAGCUGCCCCCACAACAACGUGACCGGCAUUGCCUUCGAGGACGUCCCGAUUACUUCCAGAGUGUUCUUCGGAGAGCCCGGGCCCUGGUUCAACCAACUGGACAUGGAUGGGGAUAAGACGUCCGUGUUCCACGACGUCGACGGCUCCGUGUCCGAGUACCCCGGCUCCUACCUCACCAAGGACGACAACUGGCUCGUCCGGCACCCGGACUGCAUCGACGUCCCGGACUGGAGGGGCGCCAUCUGCAGCGGGCGCUACGCACAGAUGUACAUCCAAGCCUAUAAGACCAGUAACCUGCGGAUGAAGAUCAUCAAGAACGACUUCCCCAGCCACCCCCUGCACCUGGAGGGCGCCCUCACCCGGAGCACCCACUACCAGCAGUACCAGCCGGUCGUCACGCUGCGGAAGGGCUACACCAUCCACUGGGACCACACGGCGCCCGCGGAACUCGCCAUCUGGCUCAUCAACUUCAACAAGGGCGACUGGAUCCGAGUGGGGCUCUGCUACCCGCGAGGCACCACCUUCUCCAUCCUCUCGGAUGUGCACAAUCGCCUGCUGAAGCGGACGUCCAAGACGGGCACCUUCGCGAGGACCCUGCAGAUGGAGAAGCUGGAGCACGGCCACCCCGGCAGGAGCCACUACUACUGGGACGAGGACUCGGGGCUGCUGUUCCUGAAGCUGAAAGCACAGAACGAGAGAGAGAAGUUUGCCUUCUGCUCCGUGAAAGGCUGCGAGAGGAUAAAGAUCAAGGCUCUCAUCCCUAAGAACGCGGGCGUCAGCGACUGCACGGCCACGGCCUACCCCAAGUUCGCCGAGAGGGCCGUGGUGGACGUGCCGAUGCCCCGGAAGCUCUCCGGUCCGCAGCUGAAGACCCAGGACCGCUUCCUGGAGGUGAAGAUGGAGAGCACCAGGCAGCACCUCUUCCACUUGCGCAGCGACGUGGCCCACAUCGAGGUGGAUGGGCGGAAGUACCCUGGCUCGGAGGACGGCAUCCAGGUGGUGGUGAUCGACGGGCGCCAGGGGCACGUGCUGAGCCACACGAGCUUCCGGAACUCCAUUCUGCAGGGCAUUCCGUGGCAGCUCUUCAACUACGUGGCAGCCAUACCCGACAACUCCAUAGUCCUCGUGGCGUCGAAGGGAAGAUACAUCUCCAGAGGCCCGUGGACCAGAGCGCUGGAGAAGCUUGGGGCAGACAAGGGUGUCAAGUUGAAAGAGAAAAUGGCUUUCGUGGGCUUCAAAGGCAGCUUCCGGCCCAUCUGGGUUACUCUGGACACCGGGGACCACAAGGCCAAAAUUUUCCAGGUCGUGCCCAUCCCUGUGGUGAAGAAGAAGAAACUGUGAGGACAGCCGCCGCCCGGUGCCCCCGCGGUGGACUGUGACGGCGACUUUGGCGGCAGCCCAGGGCAGGAUGGCUGGUCCCCCCAGCCCUGCCCAGCGGCUGCCUGGGAAGGUCACGUGUCGGCCCUGAUGGGCGAGGGACGGACAUCAGGGACCCUGGUGCUGCCACCUGCCCCUACUCAAACGUCUACCUGCAGCCCCGGGGGCGGCGCUGGCCCCUGCAGGGAACCUUCUCUCUCCUGCAGCCUCUUGGGUGCUUCUCCCACCUGUGCCUCUUCAGCAGGGGUGUGGGGGCCACGUGAGGACACCUGUGUCCUGCUGGCUACAAAGGUCCCUGACCCGCUAGGACGUGGCCCGGAGGGCUGGCCAUUCGCGGGUCCCUGUGGUCCCCGUAGACACGAGGCCGGCUUUAAGGCAACCUUUAUUCCUGUGAGCAAGAACCAGCCUCACGGGAGUAGGAGCGCCGUGCAGGCAGCUCGCCGCAGGGAACCGCUGCCCGUGGGAAGGAGGCGA